AUCUUACCUAUGUUUAUGUGAAGCAUGCCUCCACUUCGAUCGGGUAGGGCUUCGAAAGCUUGUGAUCUAUGUCGGAAAUAUAAGACGCGAUGUUAUGCUUCGUCUGAUGGCGCCAAGAAUGGCUGUCUGCGCUGCAUCACAUUAUCCCAGCCGUGCUCUUUACAACAUGAAUCUGUGACGGCGUAUCGUCCAAUCUCGCCUGUUGAGAGUUCGUUACCGUGUACUCAUGCUUCUUCUGACAAGAGUGACGGCAACGGGCUCAGACAGCGACGCUCUACAGACGAGAGGCUCGAGAGGCUCGAGAGAACUGUCGAGAGCUUGGUAGGCCGGCUAGAUUCCAGACUUGAUGCUUUGACUAGUAGCUGGAAUAAUGAACCGUCUGCAGGGAAAGCCACAGAAUACGUUAGUUCGACUGAGCAGAACCCAGCCCCCGUGCUUUUGAUUCGAGAUGCUGCCAUGGAUGCUGGUGUGCAUUCGCCUGACCAGAAUGACUCCCAUGUGGGUUUAUCUCCAGAUGUCAUCUCAUCGGGGCUCGUGACACUGCCGACUGCCCACUCCUUAGUACAGUUAUUUCACGUUCAUUAUGGUCGAUGGGUCAAGUUCCCAGAACACGUAACGACUGAGACUCUGCUAGCGCGGAUUAGAAAAUCUCCAGUUCUUCUAUGCAGUGUCCUUCUAAUUGCAGUCCGUCAUACCACUCAAGACCUUGCAGAUCGACUUGCGCCUCACUUAUUCAGGGAAGCAAAAGGUCUUAUUACGUCUUCGCUACUUGUGGUGCCUCAAGCAACCGAGUUCUUUCAAGCUGUCCUCAUUCUGAGCUUAUGGUCCACGACAAUAGGCCAAGUGCCCUUGAGCCUUGACAGCUGGCUCCUGACAGGAUAUUCUCUACAGCAAGCAUUGAUCAGCCCUGACUUUAUGGAAGUAUUUCGACCAGGUUCAUCCCUCCCUACCGCACGUUGUCACCUUGAUUCUUGGUGUUUGUGGAACCAUCUCUGCCUGGCCCAUCUGCAAUACUGCGUUGGAACGCGUCGGCAGGCUAUGCUCAGUGAAGCUCAAAUCGGCCAUUGUACCCGAUUUAUUGAAUCUGAUAGUGUCACCAACUACGAGGCCAGAAUGGUGGCCGAAGUGAAGCUAUAUUGGAUUAUCUAUAAACAUUGCUCCAGAUCUCAGAUCGAUUUACCCGAAGUAGAACGUGUCUUGCAAAACUGGCAACACGAAUGGCAUGCGUUAUUUGCCCAGCCUCGAUCCCAGUUUCUUCAAAUGGGCUUUCAUUUCGCUCAUCUUCUUGCCUACAGCAAUUCUCUCAAAUCAACCCAGACAGCGAUGGCUAGCUCCACGGUCACAGAAAUGAUCAGACAUUCAACAACCAUCAUCAACCUUGCCAUCGACACAACCGACGAACGAACACGUCAUUUAACAGAUCAAAUAUACCACAUCGUGACGUUUUCCGCACUGACCCUUUCUCGCCUUGUUCAUACAUAUGAGUCACAUCUUCAGGCGGUACAUCACAACACCCAUAGUCUUGAUAACCUCGUCAUCAAGCUCAUCAAUUGGCUCAAAUCAAUUGGUCUCCCAUGUCACACUGCAUACAUGCUGGGCGAUAUUGUCUCAGCCCAGUUGGGGAAACUGCGACCGAACGUUCGGCAAGCAGCGACCAUUGAUCCUGAGUUGAACAGCUUUUGUCGCGAUGGCACUACUACUGAUCAUCAGCUACUGCCACUUGAUGUCGCUCUCUUCUGUCCCGAGUUCAUUGGAUCCGAACUCUUUGACCUAGAUUCGGAGCUGGCGUCGUGGCCGCAAUGGGGACAAAUGUAUCCGCAUAUCGAAGAGUCGACUUAAGCAGUCUUUCUACACCGCGCGCUGGCACAAUGCUCUAGUUGCAAGCUCGAGUGAACUAUUUGAAGACUCCUCCGCGAACUUUGAUACCGGUAUGGAGAAUUUAGAGCUGGAAAGCGUGGGUCUAUCAACAAGAUGUGGUAUACGGAAUUCUUUCAAGCCUACACAUUUAUUUUGGACCUCGUUUUGUCAGAGCAAAGUUGUUCUCAAUAAGAAUACCUAAUUCAGAUUACAUUCCUUAUGUUAC